AAAUGUUUUGAUGAUGCAAUAAUGUAAGAUGGUAGUUUAAAUUUGCGACGUGAUAUGAUAAAUAAAAUGGUUUGUUGUUGUUUUUCAUUUGCUACGCACUUGCUGCUUUGAAUUAUAUUUGUUAUAAAAAAUGGAAUAUGAAUAUGAAAUUGAUCCUAGAUCUUUGAGUGGCAAACCAGGGAGUAUAACAUUGAAGAAAGAUAGACAAAAUUUAAUAGGAAUAAGCAUAGGUGGAGGAGCUCCAUUGUGUCCAUGUCUGUAUGUUGUACAAGUUUUUGACAACACACCUGCAUCUAGAGAUGGUACAAUUCAAGCGGGAGAUGAAAUUGUUGGUGUUAAUGGUAAAUCGAUGAAAGGAAAAACAAAAGUAGAUGUUGCAAGAGCAAUACAAGCAAUAAAGGAAUCUGUCACAAUUCAGUAUGUCAAGCUCCAUGCUGACCAAAAAGAAGGAAAAACACUUGAUAUCAUUUUAAAGAAGGCAAAGCAUCGUAUGGUUGAAAACAUGAGCUCAAGUACUGCUGACGCUUUAGGUUUGAGCAGAGCCAUUCUUUGCAAUGAUGGUUUAGUAAAAAAGCUAGAAGAGUUAGAACAAAAUUCUGCUGUUUAUAAAGGGAUGGUGGAACAUACAAAGCGUAUUCUUCAGAGUUUUUUUCAAAUGGCACAGUUACAUAAAGAACUUGGAGACAUCUUUGCAUCAAUUGGUGUUCGUGAACUUCAACCUAAUGCCAGUGAAGGAUUUGCUAUAUUUGCUGAGUGUCAUAGAAAUUUUAACAAAGAAGGUAUCAACUUUUUAAAGAAAGUCAAACCCAUGUUGAGUGAUCUAAACACUUACUUAACUAAGGCAAUACCAGACACAAAGUUAACCAUUCAAAAGUAUGCAGAUGCAAAAUUUGAGUAUUUAUCUUAUUGCUUAAAAGUAAAGGAAAUGGAUGAUGAAGAAUACGGUUAUGCUGCUCUACAUGAAGCAUUGUAUCGAGUUGAAACAGGAAAUUAUGAUUACAGAGUUGUAUUGAGAUGUCGACAGUUAGCACGCGAGAAGUUUGCUAAACUACGUUCUGAUGUUUUGGUGAAGAUGGAGCUACUUGACAAUAAACAUGUGCAAGAUUUAGUCUAUCAACUUCAAAGGUUUUUAGAAGCUAUGACUGUGUUUCAUAAGAACAGUGAAGAUGAGCUAAACAAAGCCAAUGUGUUUCCAAUUGAAGUUGAUAUUUGUGGUGGAUCAUUAACACGUACAUUUGACAAUUAAAUUAUUUUAUAAGUAUAGAUCUUGGUAUUUUAUAAUGCAUGACAUAUAGACAAGG